UGUGUUGCGCUAAUGCACAGUUUAAGUUUGAUCGCGAUCACUAUGAAACUUCUUUUGGCCCUUUCACUUCUCAAGAUCCGAGGUACUCUCGGGAUAAUAUCACGGGAAAAUGGAGACACCGGUCCACCCACGGUACCUAGCAACCAAGCGGUGAUCAACGCAACCGCUGCAGCGACUCUCGAAUGGGUCAUAGAAUUCAAUGGUGGAUCGGAGCAGCGAUUUCACGUCCAAUACAAGAAGUCUGCAGAGAGCUGGGAUGAUGCCACGGAGGUUCCUCAAGGAGUAACAAUUACUGAUCCAGGUCCCAAGGAAGUGUAUCUUGCGUCGAAUGUGUGGCAUGUGUUUCGGGUGGCCAGCCACUAUUCCCACCCGGGGACUCACGCGAGUGACCUGAACAACAUAGCAUCUGGGAAAACAUCAGAGAAACUCAAAACGUCCCGUACAGGUGUGAAGCAGGCAAACAACAAAGUUACCCUGCGCUGGAAACAAGUCACCACAAGUUAUACAGUCCUUAAGAUCAGAUGCUGCCAAAACGGCUCGGAGAACUGUUCGAAUUACAUUGUAAAAAACCAAACGGAAACCAAGGCGAUUUUUUUUAUUGAUGUCGACAAGACAUAUGAUUUUCAUACGAUGGUUAAGAAUGGUGACGAUGUUGUAUACAGGAGCUUUAUACAUAUAUAUUCACACAGCGAGAUGGAUGAAGACCAUCGCAAGAUUCUUCUUGCCGUUACUGGCGUUAUGGUUGGAGCAGUCAUUGUGGCGAUAACGGACGCCAUUGUGGCAAUUGUGCUUUGGAACCGUGGGAUCGUGGGAUGGGGGAAGAGACGGAAUCGGGGACCUGCAAAUGGCACCGUAGAUGAUGGCUGGAUUGAAUUCACAACAACCGGAAAUGAGUCUCUAUCCUGCGCCAACAUUGGUACUGAGCACGUAAAUGAUAUGUUUCACCGUGAACACACGGCCGGCCAAACGGAUUAUGCCACCACAUACGAUCACUUUUGGCGGAGUGAUUCAGAUGAGAGGCAAGAAGGGCAGGAGGAACAGGAGCAUGUAGGCUAUGAAAACGUGAACCGGCCGACAGCAUGGCAGCAAGUUGCUUCUGGUUCCAAUCCGGUCACUGCUAGCCAAAAGAAUCAAACGGAUUAUGCCACGCCAUACGAUCACUUUUGGCAGAAUGCUUUACAUGAGAGGCAAACGGGACAAAAUAAUCUACCGGACUACGACACCCCAUACGAACCGGUCCACCAGAAUGUUUCAGUUGGAAAGCAAAUGGGACAGGAGAUAGUGGAGCCUGAAGGCAUGUACAAUGACAUGAGGGUCGUCGUACAAUGAGGGCCUGGACAAAUCACGACCGAGAGUGGUUCAAGACAAGCCGAUAAAGCCUAUGGGUGAAGUCCAAUUCGCUCAGUUGACAAUUUAACAAGGAUUAAAGAGUCAUGAUUCAGUAGCGACGAUAACUACUACAUGGAGUAUUUGGACUACGACCAGGUCCGGAUCAACUGAGACGGACAUUUUUGAUGUGGCUGUAGAGCUCUUUAUCAGGGAAAUAAUCGUUUAUUAUAUUUUAUUUUUAAGUAAGGUGACAAAAGAUAAAAACUGCUUACUAUGUCAUGUAUUCAUCCUCGACCGGAAGUGUGGCACAGUUGUGGUAAAUACAUGGCUGGGAUGGAUCAAAGUGGAAUUAAUUCUCAAUCUGAGGUUGAGUCUGUGUCUACAGAGUCAGGCCAUCACAGAAACAUGCUUUUUGAUAACAUAUUUAAGAAAUUGUGGUCACACUGGUCAGUUUAGAACCUGUAUUUUUAUAUAAAGGGCCAUAUCAAUGCGCGAGUGUUGAUUUGACGGAUAUGCUGUUCUCAGGCAAUUGGUAUUGGAAUGUUGUAGAAUCUUAUUAUGAUAUUAGUAAAUGGUUCUUCUUAACGCAUAUAAAAUUUGGUGAGGAUCGAUUGGCCCUAGGGGUACUUUUUUACAAAAACCUAUGAACAGCGAUGUACACGUGAUGUACACAGUGUCUAAUACAGGGCUCUUGCCUAAAUGGUAAAGACCGAACUGAGGACUCUUUAAUUUGGCUCUGAUAAUGGGAUGGUGGCCCCUGUUUGUGGCGUCAGGGUAUAACCUUUAUGCACAAUGUAUAUUAUUGCCAUCAUCGCAAUCUAGGCCUAAAUAUUGACAUAAACAUGCACAUAUCUCAACCUGGAGGCAGGAUAUGCAAUUAAAGGGAUAUUUGGCAAGCCGCUCGCCGACCUAGCAUCAUUUUUGUCCUGUUUGGAGAGCCUCUUGCCGAACAGUACUGAAAGCAAGCCAGUUUGGCAAGCCCGGCUUGUCAAUACACAAAAUCUAUCGUGUUUGGCGAGCCGGAAACUUUACAAAAUAUUAGCCAAUCAGAUAGCAGUGACGUCAUAUUGGAAUUAACAAUGGCGGCUUGUCGCUCGGGAUUCACUUUUUCACUUUCUUUUAUAAAACUCGUGUUUCUGUCACUGCAUAAUCCAAGACGAGGCAUACACUUAUGGUAUACAUAGGAGAUUUAAAAUGUGAUUAACUAAUGCGCGUAAUAAAUACAUUGGGUACAUUCAUUCACUAUACAUCCAGUAGUGUUGACCGCGUUGGCAUGAAUGGUAUGAAUGAGUUCUGCUCUCCAUCUUGGGCAAACAAGUCGCUGUUUGGUAGGCCAGGCUUGCCAAAUACAUGUAGUCGCUUCGAAAAAUUUGAUAAAAAGGGACAUGAAGUUACAUUGAUGAAGAAUGCGCAACUCUACAAAUAAUCUUAAAGGGGUGGACGCCGUUCGUAAUUACUGGUGGUCCAGGAAAAUUGAUGCAGUUACACACAAUUCCGUAGCGCAUUCAUUAUGCAUACGAAUUUGUUCGAACUUGGUAGUUAUCGUAUUUGUAUAUGGCUCUAGGAAAAUUCGUCCCCGGAAAAUUCGUCCCCGAGGAUAAUUCGUCCCUGGAAAAUUCGUCCCUGAGGAAAAUUUUGUCCCCAGAAUAUUUGUCCCCGGAAAAUAUGUCCCCUAGGAUAAUUCGUCCCUGGGAAAUUCGUGCCCGAGGAUAAAACGUACCCGGAAAAUUAAACAAAAGUUGAAAGUUUCUGACAUUACUUUCCAGUAGUAACUACUACUUACUACUUUCGACUUUUCA